AGGGCUUGGUCUGUUUUACGACAGAUGCUUGAUGCAAAGGCCUUGCCUUAUGGUGAGCAUGUUGGGUAUCUCAGAAGUAGGUUAUGUAAAUUGGAUAGUGCUAGAGAUGCCUAUGCUGUUUAUGUGGUGGCAAAGGAAAAAAACACGUACACAGCUCAGUCUUAUGUUAAACUACUGGUCACCUCACUCUGUAAGAAGGAUCGAACCGUAAAUUUAGCAUUGAAAGUGUUGGGUGAUUUCUCAGGAGUAGCAAGGAUGUAUGCAAUAAAGCCAUUUUCAGCUAUCAUCCGUAGUUUAUGCAGGGUGAGAGUUGUUGACGAGGCAGCAACAUUACUUGUGCAGAUGAUUUCUCAAGGUCUGCCUCCUGAAAAUGCACAUUUCAAUUCAAUUAUAUUUGGUUAUUAUUCCAAAGCUAGAUGUAUGAAGAGGGCAGAGAAGGUAAUAGAAUUCAUCAAGACUGGGGAACUAAAGCCAGAUGUUUAUGCCUCAGUUGUCAUAAGUGGUUGUGCAAAUGGUGGUCAGAUGGAUAUGAGGCUUGCAAAAUGUUAUCAGAAACCAACAAAAAGCACCCUAAGCUGAGCCCCGUGACCUAUCAUGCACUAAUCCGCGGGUAUUGUAAACUGAAAGAGUUUGACAAGGCUUUGAAUUUGUUAGAUCAGUUGAAAGAUUGUGGAGUCAAAAAUGUUGAUGAGUACAAUGAGUUGAUUGAAUCUCUUUGCUUAAAGGCUUUAUAUAUUGGACAAUAGCUAAUAAAAUGCUGCAGGACUU